AUGAGUGGACCAGCCGUCGCCGCCGCUCUUCGGUGGUACGAAGACAAGCCCAAACUCAAUCUCGUACCUCAUCUAGAAGCAGAUGAUCCCCAGGGCAGCUCACAAUUGCCCCAACCCGAGGCAGAGAUUGAGGACACCAUUGCUGAACACUCCGUCAACUUCAAAACUCAGGAUCGUUCGGAUCAAAACAGCCACGUCAUUGUCCGAAUCGAGAAGCGUGUUCAUGGAGGGCCGGACCGCGCCACUCAAUCUUUCCUGGGCAAAGUCAUCAAGACGCCGUCGGCUGCCCACAAUGUGGACUCCAAGGAUCGCGCCAAAAUCUACUUGGGCCAGUUCCUUCUCGUCAAGGUCAUCGACGCCGAAUUCUUCCAAGUCGACCCAGAGUACGCCUAUAUGGUGACACCUGCCUCUCAGAGAGCUGAUGAGAGGUUCGUUGAAGAAGCCUCCGCUCUCCGCCAUUUGCACGGCAAAGAGUUCACUGGGUUUCCGCACAUCAUCCCCCGUUUCUACGGUACAUGGGUCCACGAGACUGGAGAGGGCAACAGCAAGAGAGAUAUCCGUGUCAUACUCACGGAGUACAUCUGGGGCCAUUCCAUUGAGUUCUUGUCCAAUUACCAACGCCGCGAGGGUUGCCUGAUUCCCCUCGCUGGCGAGCAAGACCUGCCAACCGCCCACGACAAGUCCGAACCGCUCGUUGUGGAUGAGCGAACCCGCCUUAGAAUUCUCAAGCACCUCCUCGACGAUUACGUCGAGCUCCUGCGCACUGGCGUUAAGCGAACUGGUUUGCAGGCUCGCCAAAUCAUGAUCACUCUGAACGACGACGACGGAAAUAAGCUGCCCCAACCCCGACCGAUGCUGCUCCGACACAAGCUUACGAGGGUGUCUUCUGCGACGGUAUGGGCAAGAAUGCAAGAAUGGUCAGCUGAGAAUCCCUGCGCGAAAUUUGAUAAGCCUUUGCACCCCUUCGAGAUCUGCACGUGGGAUUUCAUCUCGGACCUCGUUGGCUGGCUUCCCGAGGAGUGGAGGCGGAGGGAGAAUGCCUUCAUGUAUGAAGGAUGGCUUCUGCUUGAGUUUGGACGAAUCGGCGAGGACGGCGAGGACAGCUCAGUCCAGGAAUACUCGACUCUUGCCACCAAGGAUCUCAUCAUGAAGUGUACGGGCAUGAGUGAUUCGUACCGCGAGAAGCGCUUGAAGGCUGCAACAGUUUACUGCAGAAAGCUGGAGAAGCAGGCAAGGCUUUACCGCGACGAGCUCGAGAAGCAUGCCAACCAGCCGCCAGAGCAAAGUACCGGAAGCAAGAGAUCAGCCGAUUCGCCGCCUGCCACGAGAAGGGCUUCGAAGAGGCUGCGGCCACAAUCAGUGAUUUCCGACCCGGCCAGCUCCAACAGCGACGAAGGCAGUCGGCGUAGUGACUCGGAUCACAGCGAGUACAGGCCUCCAUCGACCAAGCAACCUGCGAAAUCCGGACAACCGCAAGCAUUCGAUGAAAAGUACGACCUGAUAUAUGGUGGCUGCCCCGAGGAGCUUGAAAAGUCGACAGGUGAUCCAUCCAAGGAUCAGCUGGCUGCUCCGUCUGCCGAUCAACCCAUGGUCGGGGAUGAUAUGACUGAUAUCGUGCACCAUCAGAUGAUGGCCCCGUAG